AUGGCCUCAUGUUCUGUGUUCAAUCCUCCUGCUGAACCACUGAAGUAUUCUGCAUCCUGUGGAAGUGGAACAGACAGCAGCUCGUCCACUACUAAGAAGUAUAAUCUAAUGAUCAACAGAGCUGCAGAACGUGAUGCUACAGACUGGUGGUGUGAUCUGGUUACACCUACAACACGCAGCAACACGUUUAGACUGCAGUUGAGCAGAGGUCCAGACUCUGUUACAUUAAGUCCACCAUCACCUGGGUCUGUAGCAGAAGGAAACAGUCUGACUGUGAUGUGUGCUGCUAGGUGUAAUCCACCAUGUUCCUAUUCCUGGAUUCUGGGAAACCAGCCGAUCUCACCAACCUCUCAGUUAACACUGACAAAUAUCAACAGGAGUCAGACAGGGAAUGUGUACACGUGUACAGCGACCAACUCUGCUAUACCAAAAUCUAAAACUAAACAGUUCACACUGACAGUGUACUAUGGUCCAGACAGUGUUCAGCUGAACACCACAUCUCCACUGACAGUAAAGGAAGGUGACGAUGUAGCUGUGGCAUGUGAAGUGACUAACUGUUCUCCAUCCUGCUCUUUCACGUGGAAGUUUAAAUCUCAGACUAAACCAACCAGUUAUGUGCUCUCCUUAAAUAACAUACAGAGAUCAGCAGCUGGUGACUACACCUGUACUGCUAGAAACACAAAUACACAGACAUCAUUAGACAAGACCAUUACUCUGGAUGUGCAAUGUGAGUAA